AGCAAUAAGCACCCACAGUUUUUUUCAUUUGAGCUCAUAUCAUCUAUUUAUAUUUAUGGAGAAGGCACACUCCAAAUCUACUCUUAAGUUUGUGAAGAGUGCUUCACAGUCUACAACAGGUUCAUGGAGCUCGAAUUCUGAAGGAGCGCCAAAAGAUGAAUUCAAGGACAAAUCAAAGUUUUGUCAAAAGUCUCCAACAAGGGAAAAUACCAAAGCUCAAGAAGUUAAACUUCACACUAAAGAAAGAGCUACCAAACGAGCAAUGUUCAACUACAUGGUUGCAACCAAGCUGAGUAUCUUGGAGCACCAGAGAAAACAAGAAGAGAGGUUGCAGAAGAUGAUAGAAGAGGAAGAGAUUCGCUUACUGAGAAAGGAGAUGGUUCCAAGGGCUCAGUUGAUGCCUCUUUUCGAUAGACCUUUCAUUCCACAAAGAUCAAGCAGGCCCUUGACGAUUCCUAGGGAACCAAGUUUCCGCAAGUACUUAAGCUGCAACCCUGGCAGUCAACUCUACAAUUUCCAACCGACAACUCGAGCUACGAAUCCCAUCAAGUAGACCAUAAUCCUGAUAUAUAUAUAUAUAUAUAUAUAUAUAUAAAUGUAAUGCUUCAUGCAUGAUGUAUACUGUGAGAAACGCCUUUGUUUCACAUCAUUUUCUUGCGUAGUUACUAAAAUCCCAAAGUUGGAUAGCUGUUUAGUUGAUCACCCUCAAAGGGGAAUUGUUAGUGAUGAUUCUCCACAGUUUAGAAAAUAAAGACAAUGCAUUUCCUUU